AUGAAGCAGUUAGAGUAUGGAGCCCUGGCAAGACGAGCAAACCAGAUCAAGGACGAGCUCAGACAGGGAAUGAGAAGACCCUACAAAGAAGUGAUCGAUGUCUUCCAGGAUGAUUUACACAGGGCAGGAAUGAAACCUCUGACAUUUGUCAGACAGGUUCUUGCAGCGUGUGUUUACCCGCCGCUUAUCAACAGCAACAAUCUGCCACUUGAUGUAAGACAGAGGGCCCAGGAGGAGCUGGGAAGAUGUGUUGGAGGGAGUGUAGGUUCAUAUUCUGCUACAGCUGGUAUACCAGAAAUCAUCCACAGCAUCUCUGAAUUCAUAAAGAGACGAGACGGAGGAAUUCCAUCUCACCCCGACAACAUUUACAUCAGCCCUGGCUCACAGUGGUCAAUCUUGAACAUUCUCAAUGUCUUAGUGAAGCGUGAGGCUUCACCAAGAACAGGUGUGUUGAUUCCAGUGCCAUGCCACAACAAAACCGUGUUGUCCAUAACGCAGUUGGGUGCAAUCGCCGUCCCUUAUUACCUGAGUGAGGAGGAGGGAUGGGCGCUGCAGGUGGAAGAGCUGCAGCGAGCGCUCGAAUCUGCAAAGGGAGUCUGUAAUCCUGCGGCUCUGUACGUCAUCAACCCCGGAAAUCCAGCAGGUUAUGUUCAGAGCCAAAAAUCAGUGCAAGAGGUGAUCCGGUUUGCUUGGGAAAAGAGGCUCUUUCUUCUGGUUGAUGAGCUCUAUCAGGACUGUGUUUAUGGGGAAAACUGUGAGUUUGUCUCCUACAAAAGGACUUUGAGCGAGAUGGGGCCUCCUUUCUCAGGCACAGUGGAGCUGGCCUCCUUUCACUCAGUGUCCAAAGGCUUCUUGGGAGAGUGUGGUCUCCGUGCUGGAUAUGUCGAGCUGGUAAAUCUGGAUCCUGCUGUCAUGAAAUACAUCCACACACUUUUCUCCAAAGAUGCUUGUCCACCAGUUUUAGGUCAGAUUGCCCUGGAUCUGAUGACAGACCCUCCAAAGCCAGGAGACCCCUCAUACCCGCUCUAUAAACAGGAGAUUGAGCACAUCAGGACUGUGCUGGUUCAUAACGUGAAGAAAGUCCACGAGGUUGUCAACAGCCUACCGGGAUUCAGCUGCCCACCCAUUGAAGGAGGAUUGUUUGCGUUCCCCAGACUGCACCUCACACCAAAAGCCAUUCAGAAAGCCAAGGAAUUAGGACUGCAGCCAGACGCAUUCUACUGUACGAGACUGCUAGAAGAAGGUGGAGUGUUUACCAGUCCUGGUUGGGAGUACGGACAAAAGGAGGGCACCUACCACAUCAGCUUUUGCAUCGCGGUCCCUCAGGAUGUCAUGGAGGAAUUACUGAGACGCCUGAGCAGCUUCCACAUGACAUUUAUGAAGGAUUUUUCUUAAAGAAAAAGGAAAAGUUUCCUCUGGAGUUUCUUUUUUCUGUAAUCCCAUAACUCUAUAUAGAAAAUCAAACCAUUUUUGAAACAGCGAUGUUGAUUUUAAUAAA